UCAUCAGCGGAAGGGCGGGGCUAAUGGUUCGCUCGAGGAGUUCUGUUCGACAAACAUGGACCAGAAGAUUCCGUAUGAUGAUUAUCAGCUGCCGGUAGUGUUUCUUCCCUCCUACGAAAGCCCUCCUGCAUGGAUCCCUCCACAAGAAAGGAUUCAUCACCCUGACUAUAACAAUGAGCUCGCUCAGUUCCUACCUCGCACUAUAGUGUUAAAAAAGCCCCCUGGUGCACAGCUGGGCUUCAAUAUCCGUGGAGGAAAAGCCUCGCAGCUUGGUAUAUUCAUUUCAAAGGUGGUGCCAGAUUCAGACGCCCACAGGGCAGGACUUCAGGAGGGGGAUCAGGUGCUUUCUGUCAAUGAAGUGGACUUUCAAGACAUUGAACAUUCAAGGGCAGUGGAGAUUUUAAAGACAGCAAGAGAGAUUUUGAUGAAGGUUCGAUAUUUCCCUUACAAUUACCAGCGGCAGAAGGAGAGGACCGUCCACUAGGUGUCAGAGCAGACCUUCAGGAGCGCAGCAGUGCCGUGACGCAGUGAUGAGGCAUUGGUGUGUCAGUGAGAAAGGCUCGUCUCCUCUGCAUCUUCCUCCCACAAACUCUUUUCUCUGCCUAAAAGACUGCUCAAAGAAAUCAUCUUCAAACACUCCAGCACAGGCCUUGAUGAUUCACCUCUAGUGCUGGCUUUUCCAGAUCUGUCUCCAGUUUUUGUGUGCUUUCAUCUGGGAAAACAAGCAUAUUUUUUGGGACAUGAAAAGAAACACAUGCUAGAAGUCUUAUUUAUUGAAAGAGCUAUAUAGAAGUGUAGGGCUAAAGGAAAUUCCUGAGUAAAUUAUGAUUAAUCUCUCUUAGAAAACGUUCCUGUAAAAUGACUGAUGUUAUAAUGACUAAUAUAUCUUGUGUUCCUCAAAAACCUUUUCUUUUUUAAAAUACAUUUCAGUCGUGUGUAAGUAUUUAGGUGUCCUGCUGAACAAUACAUUGCUACUGACCAAUUAAAUGUCAUUAAAUUGUGCACAUACAUGGUGUAGUUUAUGUCCAUUUAUCAAUGCUAUUUAUCCAGACUUUUUAAAAUAAACAUGUAGGAUCUUGUGAUGGGAAAAUAUGAAUUGAAUUGUAAGACCUAGUCAUAAAACAUCAGCUGUAUAAUAUGAAAUGUCAGAGAUUUUGGAGGAAUAAAACAAAUGUAGUGAUGUUAUUUUAUUGCAAUAUGGACUACUGUCUGAAUAUUAAACUUCUCAAGACUAUUUAAA